CCACGACUAUCUCUCCCAAUGCCUCGUGUCCCGUCCGUCUCCCCCGUAACUGGGAAUCCCGUUCCACCUCACUAUGUUCACACCACCGACGCUCAAUUCGUCGACAACGCCGGUCGGACGGUCCUCCUGCGCGGCAUCAACCUAUCCGGGGCGGACAAAGCUCCUGUCGGCUCUCCCUCGCAGAAGCUCGAGGGCUUUUGGGAGGCAGGGGAGAGCGGCGAAGAAAGCUUCGUCGGUCGUCCGCUGAACCUCGAAGAUGGGUCGGCGGACGUACACCUAACACGCCUCAAGGGGUGGGGGUUCAACAUGCUCCGGUAUGUUGUUACCUGGGAAUCGCUAGAGCACGCUGGCCCUGGCAAAUACGACUGCGAAUUUAUGGACUACACAGUCCGAGUACUCCGGAAAGUCAAGGAGUGUGGAUUCCGAGUGUAUAUGGACCCGCACCAAGACAUCUGGUCACGAUUCUCUGGUGGUUCUGGUGCACCUUACUGGACCCUACUCGCAUGCGGCCUCAAUCCCCACAACUUCACCGCAACUCUAGCGGCCGUCAUCCACUCGGAGUAUUCCCCCAGUUCUGAGUCUACGCCAUCAGAACUCCCUGCUAUGAUCUGGAGCACGAACUACGGCCGUCUCGCAUCACAGACGCUAUUCACCCUUUUCUUCGCCGGCCGUGAGUUUGCGCCCAAAUGCGUCAUCGACGGCCAGAAUAUCCAGGACUACCUUCAGUCCCACUACAUCAACGCCUUUGCACAGCUCGCGCAGCGCAUACGCGACAACGCGAGCGAUCUCCUGGACGAGUGCAUCCUCGGGUGGGAUAGCAUGAACGAGCCCGCUGAGGGUCUCUGUGGCUAUGACAAUCUGAACGAAGUGCCGACGAAGCAAGGGUCCGUGCUGAAGAAGGGUCCUUUCCCUUCUCCUGCGCAGUCGCUGCGUCUUGGCAUGGGUACGGCGCAGACCGUCGAAAAUUGGGUGUUCUCCUCGAUGGGCCCCAAGAAAGAUGGGACGGUCACGAUCGACCCCAAAGGCAAGAAGAUGUGGGCGGAUCCCGCUACCGAGCCCAAUGGCGUUCACCCCAAAUGGGGCUGGAAGCGGGACCCAGGCUGGAAGCUUGGGACGUGUAUCUGGGCCCAGCACGGUGUCUGGGAUGUCGACACAGGCGAAGUCCUCCGACCUGAGUACUUCCGCCGUCACCCGAACGGUGAAGAACUCAAGUUCAUCGACGACUUCUGGCGGCCGCACUGGCAGGAGUUCGCGACGCGGAUACGUGAGCUGCAUCCGGAGGCAAUCCUCUUUGUUGCCCCCCCUGUCUUCGUACCCCCUCCGCAGAUCAACGAGCGCUACCUGAAGGGCCGCUGCUGCUACUCGACGCACUACUACGACGGCCUUACGCUCGUCACGCGGCACUGGAACUGGUUCAACGCCGACGCUCUAGGCAUCAUUCGCGGCAAAUACUCCUCGCCUGCGGCUGCCGUCAAGAUCGGCGAGGGCGCAAUUCGCAAAUCGCUACAGGAGCAGCUAGGCUACCUGAAGGCCGACGCGAAGAUCUUGGGCGCGUACCCGACGAUCAUCGGUGAGAUUGGCAUCCCAUAUGACAUGGACGGGAAGAAGGCGUACGGAUACACCGACGGCGGCAAGUACAAGGGCGAUUUCUCGAGCCAGCAGAAGGCAAUGGAUGCGAGCAUGAACGCGGCAGACGGACCAAAUGCGCUCAAUUACACCAUCUGGAACUACUGCCCGGACAACUCCCACGAGUGGGGCGACGGGUGGAAUAUGGAGGAUCUGAGCGUGUGGAGCCCCGAUGACCUUCGACCACAGACUCGGUUCAGGAUGGGCGCGAACGAUUCUUCGUCCGCCUUCCCGCCGAAGAAGGGUCAGACUGUCACGGUCCACUCUGCUACCGCUUCUAGCGUGUCCCUGAACACCCUCACUCCUGGUGACAGCCCCGCUGAUGACGCAACUGUGUUUCCGAAGGGAACGGCGCGCUCAUCCUCGGACUGGGCCAACGUUUACGACUUCCUGACGGAUGGUACGCGCGCUCCGAAGGCGUUCAUUCGUCCGUUCCCCACAGCUGUAGUCGGCGUGCCCACUAACAUCCAGUUCGACAUCUCAAAGGCGGAGUUCAAGCUCACCGUGCAGGUCCGUUCAGAAGACGCACCGAAACGCGACCGUCUUGGGCUGUCCACGGGGCCGGGUAGUCCGGACGAGGCAGAACUUCCCACCGAGAUCUUCGUACCUCUCGUUCACUAUGCCACCGACAAGCUCGUCCACGAUAUCCAAGCGGAGCAGUCCCCUGUUUCGGACUCGGUGACGCCGAGCAUCGCGGAUGGACCUAUGUCCAAGUCAACGGACAAGCUCUCUCGUUCCUCCGGCGACUUCGCGGCGGACCAGUUGCGAUCCCUCUUUGAGCCCUCUCCACUGCUCGCACUCAAUGUCGAUGUCUCGGAAGGGCGGUGGACCGUCGAGGCGCAGACCCUGAAGUGGUGGUACCCCGUACCUGCCAGUGGCUCUCGCGAAUACACUAUCACCAUCAAGCGUGCCGGAGGCGUCAUCAAGACUGCCGACGCGACGUCCUCGGGUUCGUGUUCUUCGCUCCUCAGCUGGUGCUCGGAUGCAUGCACCAUCGUGUAGAGGCUAUGCCUCGCCGUUCUUUCCUCCCCUGAGACCCACUUCUUUCUGGAGUUAGCAUUUUGGCUUGCUGGGACAAUCAAUUGUACUAUAGGACAUUUCUUGGAUGGAUAC